GUGUGUUUUUUUUUUUUUGCAAAAGAACGAGUGUUUUUGAGUAACAUAACACUGUUGUUUAAGAUUAAAAAUGUUAUCCCAAUACGUGGAAGAAUUGGAACAGGAUCCGUUCGAGGUGGAGGAGUUCAUCGAGCGGCUCUGCUGGCGCACCAACAACGAGAUCGGGUCGGACCAGUUCGAUCCGGAUCUGCUGCAGGAGACGUUCGUGGAGACGAUUAAGGAUCUGAAGAUUCUCCAGGAACGGCAGCAGCGCAAGUGCGAUAAGCUGGAGGAUGCCCUGAAGGAGGAGCAGAAAGUGUUCGUCAAGGCGAUCGAUAAGUUCGUCGCGAAGCACCAAAUUUCGGUGGACUAUUUCCAUCAGCUGGACGAGAAGAUCAAUUCGGUGGCCGGAAAGGUUAUCCACUUGGGAGAGCAGCUGGAGAAUGUGAACAUUCCUAGGAGUCGGGCGGUGGAGGCUCAGCUGUUGUUGAGUCAUAUGGGCGACUUUCUGACACCGGGACCGAUCGUGAACGAUGUAUACAGCGACAAGUCGAGAUUGUUCGAGGCGGCCGAUAUCAUCCAAAAGCUGUAUAUGAUUUCGCAGGAUCUUCCGGCCAGUCGGUUUUCCAAUGCGAAGAAGAAGAUCGAGGGAAAGUAUGACGAGAUCGAGAUGCAGUUGAUUGAGGACUUUGCCACGGCACAGAAGAUGGAGAACAUCGAGCGGAUGAAGGAAAUUUCGACGAUCCUGUCGCAGUUCAAGGGUUACUCGCAGGUAAUUGAUGUGUACAUCGAGCAGAGCCAGGCCGUUACGUACGGAGGACGAGACGUAUUCGAUGGGAUCGUUCCGCUGUGUCACAAGAACUACAAGAUCAUAAAGCAAGUUUUCAAUGCACCGGAUCAGGUCAUGAGCAAGUUCAUUCUGAACAUUUAUCAGCUCAAGAUUAAUCAGUUUGUGCAGACCAAGCUGGAUGACAGGAAGGACGAAGGGAAGUACCUGAAGACAUUGUACGAACUAUACUCGAGGACGUUGAAGCUGUCGAAUGAGUUGCAGGAGUUUAUGAAAGAGUCGGACGAUGAUUUGCUCCAAAAACUGACGGCUAAUAUUUUCUCGUCGCAUCUGUGCUCGUACAUUGAGGUGGAGUGUCGUAGUUUGGAAGCGAGAUGUCAAAUGGAACUGCGCAAGUUCUACGAGAAUAAGAAUCAUCAGAAGAAACAGGUCGAGCGGUUUCAGGAACUCCGUCGAGAUAUGCAAGCGUUGAUUGGGGCCCGUGCGAACAUUAACAUUGCUCAGAUAGAAGACUACGGUGGCGAAACGUUCCUCUCGGAAGAGCUGGCCAUCAAUCUUUUGCAGCAAUCGUCAUGCGCUUUGGAACGAUGCUGUCUUCUGUCCAAAGAAGCAGAUCUGCCGAGAAACAUUCUGAAAAUAGUAGACAUCUUACUGAGAUUCCUGCUGCACGAGCACGUAGAUUACGCGCUGGAUUUGGGACUGCAGACAAUUCCGAUCGCUGAAUGUAAAACCGUGCCACAGAUCUAUUUCUUUGAUGUGGCCCAAAAAUGCAAUACCAUUGUCCAUCUGUUGGAGAAAACGUACAACGCCAGUGUGAUUCCGAAUGUCGUCUCAACGGCACAGUAUACCGAUUGUGUGCAGAAGAAACGUUACUACUUGGAAUCCAUCGAAAGCAAGAUUGAGACUGGCCUGGAGCGCACAUUGAAUGCCAUCUUUGGAUGGGUCAAAACGUACCUUCAAAAUGAACAGAAGAAAACGGAUUUCAAGCCGGAUUCGGAUGUGGAUACGGUGGCCUCGAAUGCAUGCUUGGCUGUACUCAAGUACGUGAACCCACUGAUCGCUCUGAUCCAGCGUACGAUCGACGGCGAAAACUUGUCGGCCGUGCUGACCGAGUUUGGCGUUCGCUAUCAUCGAGUGAUCUACGAACAUAUGCAGCAAUUCCAGUAUAAUACGGCCGGGGCUAUGUGCGCCAUUUGCGAUGUAAACGAGUACCGGAAGAGCGCCCGGCCGCUACAGUCGCCGCUGGUUACGCAACUGUUCGAUGUGCUGCACGCCCUGUGCAAUUUGCUGCUGGUGAAGGCGGAGAAUCUGCAGGAAGUUUGCGGCGGCGACACGCUCAACUAUCUGGACAAGUCGGUGGUGAUGAACUUUAUCCAGCUGAGGAGCGACUACAAGACGAUCAAGAUCUCCAACUCCCUGAAGGGAAUCUCCGACCAGCGGCAGGUUUAGGGUGCUUUGAAAAUUAUAUAUCUUUAGCAUAUAUUCAUAGGCGAAUAUAAUACACACAGC